AUGGCUAAAUUUCACUAUUUAGUUCCUUUGGCCCUUUUGGUGGCUAGCUUCGUACAAGCCGUGUCAGCUGGCAUUGACACUCGUUGGUAUGAUGCGCAUGCAACCUUCUAUGGUGACAUGAAUGGUGGAGAUACCAUGCAGGGUGCUUGUGGUUAUGGUAAUCUCUUAGAGCAAGGCUAUGGGCUUGCGACCGCAGCAUUAAGCACAGCCCUAUUCAACAAAGGAGUCACAUGUGGUGCAUGUUUUGAGAUAAAGUGUGUCAAUGAUCCCCAAUGGUGCAAAAAGAAUGCAGGCUCAAUAAAAAUUACUGCAACAAAUUUUUGUCCUCCCAAUUACUCCAAGCCUAAUGACAAUUGGUGCAACCCUCCACAAAGGCACUUUGACUUGUCCAUGAAAAUGUUCACCACCAUUGCUUUUUACAAAGCAGGGAUCAUUCCUGUUCAAUAUCGCCGGGUUCCAUGCACUAAAAUCGGGGGUGUCAAGUUUGAGAUAAAAGGAAAUCCUUACUCGUUGCAAGUUUUGGUGUACAAUGUUGCCAAUGCUGGUGAUGUUUCUAGUGUGAGUAUCAAAGGGUCUAAGAGUGGCUGGCUUCCUAUGUCACGCAGUUGGGGACAAAUUUGGGUUACCGGAACUAAUUUGGUGGGACAAGCCUUGUCAUUUAAGGUGACAACCAGUGAUCGUACAAUGUUGGAGUUUGAUAAUGUUGCCCCCAGCAAUUGGCGAUUCGGUCAAAGCUACGCGGCCAGGAACAAUUUUUAG